AUGAGAUCUGUUGCAAAAGCUUGCGCGCUCCUAUGGACUCUUUUGGUUCCAGUCGAGGCACAGGUGUCGGGCACCGCCUUUGGGUUUGCCACGGGCGUUACUGGCGGCGGCUCCGCAGCAGCUGCAACCCCGACCAGUCUUGCACAACUCACUUCCUGGAUUACAGACAGCACAGCCCGUACCAUCGUUAUCGAUCGGACCUGGGACUACACGAGCAGUGAGGGGACGACCACGGGCACAUGCUGCUCCAGCAGCACUACAACCUGCAGUGGUGGUACAUCGGCCGGCCAGUUGACCAUUUCGGACUCGUGCUCGGGUGGAACUCUGGUCUCAUGCACUUAUAACACGGCGGCGCUGACUCCGCUUGAUGUUGGCAGCAACAAGAGUAUUGUGGGCAAGGGCUCUUCUGGAGUGAUCAAGGGGAAAGGGUUGCGCGUUCGUGGUGGUAACAGCAAUGUGAUUAUCCAGAAUAUUCACAUUACUGGCUUGAACCCCCAAUUUGUCUGGGGCGGUGAUGCUCUGACACUCGAUGACGCCGAUCGAGUUUGGAUCGACCACAACAAGUUUUCUCUCAUUGGACGUCAGAUGAUUGUCAGCGGCUGGGGAAAAGCCGGCAAAGUGACCAUCUCUAAUAACGAGUUUGACGGUGUGACGAGCUGGUCGUCAGGCUGCAACGGCAAACAUUACUGGACGGUCCUAUUGGUUGGUCUGGACGACCAGUACACUUUUGCGUACAACUACCUACACGAUGUUUCGGGUCGGGCACCGCAUUACGGUACCACGACGACGGCGUCAACCAUCUUCUUCCACGGCUUCAACAAUUACUUCGAGGACGUUGGCGGGCACGCCUUUGACAUUGACAAGAACACGUAUAGCCUGCUCGAGGGCAACUAUUACCAGUCUGUAACGACACCCUUCACCAACACGGCCCUGACUGCCGGCGGGUACAUUUACAAUGUCAUCACCGUGGACGAGGCCGGCAACUGUCCCAGCUACACGGGCUACAUUUGCGAGUGGAACAAGGCCUAUUCUUCAGGAACCUUGCCAGACCUAUCCAGCUCGCAGGUGCUCUCCAAGGCUGCCUCGUACAAAUCAUAUCUGGUUGACCCCAUGUCUGUAUCUGAUGUGCCAGCCUAUGUUACUGCCAAUGCUGGCAUAGGCAAGAUCUAG